AUGGUGGAUUUUCUGAUGAAUUUGAUCUGGCUACCCAUCGGAACCAGUAAGACGUACGGGUUUCGCACGGCCAACGAAGCCUUCAUGACUACAUACAACGGGACCGGCGCUCCACCGGCUUGGAACUUUUGUCUGUCGUUCCUUGCCACCGCUGGCAUCAUGAUUGGGUUUGAUGCAUCCGGACACGUGGCCGAAGAGACCAAGAACGCUCCCUUGGCAGCAGCGAGGGGCAUUUUCUGGAGUACGGUCGCCACUGGCGUUGGAGGCUUUCUCUGCGUCAUUCUUUUCCUGUUCUGUGUGCCUGAUGCCGACACGUUGUUCUCCUUUGGUGGCCCUCAACCUUUCGUGCCGCUUUAUGCCGUGAUUCUAGGCAAGGGAGGCCACAUCCCCAUGGUUAUUGUCAACAUCGUCUCUCUGGAACUGAACACAGCCAUUGCCAUUCUAGCCGCCUCACGCCUCGUAUUCGCCGUUGCUCGAGACGGGGUACUGCCCUUCUCCAGCUGGGUGGCACAGGUCUCCAACGGCCAGCCCAAAAAUGCCGUCAUUGUCGUGUGGGUGGUCGCCUCCAUCGUCACCUGCAGUAUCUUGCCCUCGGCCGUGGCUUUCACCUCUUUGGUCUCGGCGGCCGGCGUGCCCUCCAGCGCCGCCUAUUGUUUGAUCUGUUUUGGCCGAGUCUUCCUGACCCCCGACAAAUUGAACGAGCCCAGAUGGAGCCUGGGCAGAUGGAGCAAGCCGUUCCAGGUCAUCGGCAUCGUCUGGAACUUGUGGGUGGUCGCCGUCUUAUUCUCUCCUUGGGCGUUUCCAGUGAGCGCCGAUACUUUGAACUACGCACCUGUCAUCAUGGCCAUCGUGACCAUCUUUGCAAUUAUCUCGUGGUUCUUUAUUCGCUCGGAUAAGUGGCUGCCCAGCGGGAAGAUCGAGGAGGUUCUCGACGCGUCCGGCAAGGACCAUCAUCAUCACCAACAUACACAUGUUCUCGAACAGCAGUGA